AUGGCGGUUGAUGCUGGCGUUUCACAGGUUGAAUACCCCUCAGCAAUAAUGCCACCAUCAGCGGGCGAAGAGCGUCUUGUGACUGUUUUUGCAGAUAUCCACUACUACUUCACAGAGCCGACCCGAAGACCUUUACCAUAUCAACACCGUUUUGAUAAAGGCUCCUAUGUUUAUAUUUACCAUGAUGCCUUUCAGAACAAGGCUCGGAUGGAAAUCGCCAAUAAUCCUGGCUCUCCAGAGCAGGAUGCAUUUUGUGGAGGCUUGAACAAUGUUCAUAUAAGACACUCUGCCCAAUUCCCGACACUGUGUACAUUAACAGUUGAUGCACACACGACCUCGCCCCAGCAGCAAUAUGCACAUGACGCCCCUCAACAUGAGUGGCGUCUGCCCAGCGGAGACCCCCGCGACAACCCCAAAGAAUUGCGGGAUUUCGCUCGCCUGCAUACAUUGGAUAUCUACUUCUGGACCCAAGAAGAUGCAACCGACUUUCUAGACACUGUCGUCCGGCUUCUAUCCAAUGACCAGGUCGAGACAGACCGGGAGCCAGCUCCGCAACCGCAGGAUACCAUGAGCUCUGUAGUCCAGCAACUUGAGACUGUUGCAGUCUCCGACCCAGCCUACAUGAACGGUCAAACACGCAACUCACGAUCAGAGCCCACAAGCACAGCUGCACCAGUGCAGCAGGCGACUCCACCAACCAGCAGCUUCCCCCCACCCCCUCCAAGCGGACCCCAAGUUGACCAACGGUUAAGUGCUGGUUCUACCCUCGCCGAGGAAAAGAAAGACCCAGCUAGCUUCGUUCCGCUCCCAUACAAUCCAGCCGCUCCAGCCGCCCCAGAGCCGAUUCAAUACCGCGAGAAGACCCCCCGCCAGUGGAUGGGAUGA